CGAACAUCAGUCUCCAGCUAUCAACAGAAAUGAUCGACAAUGCUCUAUCUACAAGAUGGGACUUGGCUGGUAUAAUUCAUCAAAUAAACAUAUGCCUAUAAACAGCUGCCUGGCCGGUACAAAGCUUCAACCCCAACGGACGAUCACCUCGCUUCCCCAGGUUUUCCCUUUGCGGCAGACGUAUUCGGAUCCCAGUCGUGGAACUAGAUGACGUUGUUACUAUUCUCAGAUAUUCCCACCUAAUACUCUACCUGCCGAAAACGCCUUGUUAUGUGCCUUGCAGCAUUAUACCCAAUGUGUCGACGCUAUCGGAAUGCUUGGGCACGAUUUAGAGGAAGCAUAGUGGACUCAACUCUCCAGUCAACUUGUGUGUUUGUUCUGGCGAGUCGAUGAUCACCGUUUCCAUUCUUACUCUAUAAUAUUUGGGAUAAUUGGGUCGGUGAGAAUUUUUCUGGACAAGUCCAAACAUAGAUACUCAUCAGUCCGAGUACGACGAUGGCACGAGGCGAAUGAUCCAUCUGAUCACCAUGAACCAAGACUCAAGGCAUCAACGAAUGUGAGAAAAAUAUUGUGAUCAAAUCUGCCUUGACCAUCUCUAUAAGUGAGCCCUCUUCCCUGAUCAGACAUGGGUUGUCAACAACUAUCUCGCAAUAUUCCCUAUACCUGCCUCACCCUCGUCAUGUUCAACCUGCUAGGAGUAUUUGCCGUGGCUCUCGCGCUUCCUGAAAUCAUUCUCGGCGCUCCACAACCUUACUGCAAACCCAUCCCUGGUUCUUCAGACUGGCCGGCGCCAUCUGAAUGGCAAAAGCUCAAUGACACACUGCAAGGACGUCUCGUCGCCCCCGUGCCUCCUGGUGAGGUGUGUCAAACUUCAAGCGCAAGCUUCUCGAACGAGACUUGCGGAUAUGUGCUUUCUCAAUGGACCAACUCAACUUGGCAUGCCUCCAAUGGAUUCACCUCGGGGUAUAACGACGUGACAUGUCUGCCUGAUUCAAGAGCACCUUGCUCUGCUGAUGGAUAUCCCGCUUACUUUGUCAAUGCGACUGAAGCGGCCCAUGUUCAGGCGGGUGUUGAAUUUGCCCACCGCACUGGGAUCAGGCUCAUCGUCAAGGGCACAGGCCACGACUACCAAGGAAGAUCGGCUGCUCGCGAUGCCAUCUCGAUAUACACGCACAACAUGAAGGGCGUCCAAGUCAACCAAGAAGAUGAACGUGCAACCAAGUAUGGUGGUGUUGCUUCGAUCAAGAUCGCUGCGGGCUCGGUGAUGAAGGACAUCUAUGGUGUGGCCGCUAUGAACAACCUCACUGUUGUUGGUGGUGCCGAUGCCAACGUCGGCAUUGGAGGUUGGCUCACUGGUGGUGGCCAUUCGCCCAUCAGUAGCAAGUAUGGCCUUGGAGUCGACCAGGUUCUAGAAAUCGAGGCUGUGAUUGCAAAUGGGACCCUAGUGACAGUCAACGAACACCACAAUCCAGACUUGUUCUGGGCAUUGAGAGGAGGCGGCGGCUCGACUUUUGCAGUCAUCACAUCUGUGACGAUGCUGGCGUUCCCCUCACUUCCCGUCAUCACGUACGAGUUCGCGUACAACACAACCGUGAACAGCAACACGUAUUGGGAUCUGGUGACAUAUUUCCAUACACAACUUCCAAACCUCUCUGAUCAUGGCGUCAUGGGAUAUUAUUGGGCAACACCAGACGCCAGUGCAGCAAUAGGCGAAACCGACCCUGCCAUUCAAGCCAAGGUCUUUGGCGCAUGGUUUCUUCCUGGAGACACCUUUGAAGAUGCCCAUGCAACACUAGAGGAAUUUGAGAAGAAUCUGAAGAGCAAGUCUCAAGACUGGGAAGACGAAGUCCGAAUUUCUAGCCUUGCCGCUCCUCCAUUGGAUAUCAGCACUCUCCUAAGCCUGUUUUCUGGAGGUACUGUAGGAUCGGAGGUUCGUCUAGGGUCGUGGCUUCUGGGACGUGAGGCUCUGACCAACGAUACCGAAACACUGAAAACGGCUCUGCAAAAGACCAACACGAUUCCCCAGGACAUUUUACUCGGGCAUGUGGUGGCUGGCAAUGGUGUUAAGAAUGCCACGAUUGUUGGAGGAAGCAACUCGGUCCUACCUGCGUGGAGAAAUGCCAUCACACAUGUUGGUAAGUUACGACGCAACCGUCAAAUAUGAACAAUACCAUCUAAUCCUUGUGUCGCAGUUCUUCCGAGAAGCUGGGCACCUCUCAAUGUGACCCAGAAAGAAGAGAUGACGACCUAUCUUCGCGACGUGGAGGUCGAGGCUCUCCGCCAACUGGAUCCUGAAUCCGGGGCGUACAUGAAUGAAGCAGAUCCAACUGAGCCAAACUGGCAGAAGGCCUUUUGGGGUAACAAUUACGAAAGAUUGCUGGAGGUGAAGAAUGAAUGGGAUCCUGAUGGCGUCUUCUGGUGCAAGCCAUGCGUUGGGCACGAGCAAUGGACUGUUCAAAGCAAUUAUGGCAUCGAGGGGGCGAUUGGUCAGACACCAGGACGGAUUUGUCGCAAUGAUGACUCAAGAAGAAGAGUCUGAAUCGGACCAAGGGCUUAAUAUUGGUGCCAUAUCAUGUAUCACGAUGGACAUGGCGCGAUGAAGUUGUAUACUCUAUGACAAAUGUUCAGUACAAUCAUUCUUAGCACAACUUACUGCUUAGCUAGGCUCACGCCAUAUUGACUCUGUCGAC